AUGAGGGAGAUUGAGAGUCUCGUGGAGGAGAAGAGAUCGAGCAAGCUUCUCCCAUGGCGGUUUCUGCUACGGUUUAGUUUUCCCCUAAACCACCACCGCCGACCACCGGCCUCCGGUCGCCACCACCACCGGCCACCUCCAUCUCCGGCCACCGGACCACCGCCGGCACUACCUCUACCUCUUAACCACCAUCCCUUAGGGUUCCCAAUAUAUUAUCCCUUAGGGUUUAGUUUUCCCCUAAACCACCACCGCCGACCACCGGCCUCCGGUCGCCACCACCACCGGCCACCUCCAUCUCCGGCCACCGGACCACCGCCGGCACUACCUCUACCUCUUAACCACCAUCCCUUAGGGUUCCCAAUAUAUUAUCCCUUAGGGUUUAGUUUUCCCCUAAACCACCACCGCCGACCACCGGCCUCCGGUCGCCACCACCACCGGCCACCUCCAUCUCCGGCCACCGGACCACCGCCGGCACUACCUCUACCUCUUAACCACCAUCCCUUAGGGUUCCCAAUAUAUUAUCCCUUAGGGUUUAGUUUUCCCCUAAACCACCACCGCCGACCACCGGCCUCCGGUCGCCACCACCACCGGCCACCUCCAUCUCCGGCCACCGGACCACCGCCGGCACUACCUCUACCUCUUAACCACCAUCCCUUAGGGUUCCCAAUAUAUUAUCCCUUAGGGUUUAGUUUUCCCCUAAACCACCACCGCCGACCACCGGCCUCCGGUCGCCACCACCACCGGCCACCUCCAUCUCCGGCCACCGGACCACCGCCAGACUGCCACCGGACCACUGCCGGUCUACCUCCACCGGACCACCUCCGCCGGACCACCUCUGCCUGUCACCUACUCCGGCCACCUCCGCCGGCCACCUCUGCCGGCCACCUACUUCGGCCACCUUCACCAUCAUCAACCACCACCUAUCAACACUAA